UUUUUAUUGCAUCUCAAAAAUCCAACUUUUUGUGCUCCCUGAGCUUCUUCUGCUGCUUCUGCUGCUCUUGCCUCUUUGGGCGACGGUGGCAAAUUUUAGAAAAGGUGAAAUUUUCAACGGUGCAUGGCGAAAAUUUCAAAUAUUUACUCAAUUAGGCAAUGAUCUUUUUUCGAAGCGAGAGUUUCCCCGAUCGGGUUCGACUUUCCUUUGUGAUAAUCGAAGACUAUUAUCGUUUCUAUCAAAGAUAUAUAAUAGACACUAUAAUCGAUGGCACUGCAGGCAAUAUAAUAACUCCCAUAAUUGACUAUUGAAUUGUUUUUUCUGUAUUUUAUACUCUUAUUCCCAUCUGGAUCAUCAAAAUUCAAUUUCAAUCACAACUCUAAGCAACCAUAAUGAGCGCCCUUAAAGUCGAAGCUGAAAUCUACAAUUUUGGAGGUAGAUUGUUAAAACUAUCUCACGAAUCGUUAGUCAAUAAUUGCUCUAUGGGUGUAAACUUGUACUUACCAAAACAAUACUACGAAGGCAAAACUAAGAUUCCUGUUUUAUUCUAUUUGGCAGGUUUGACAUGUACUCCAGCUAACGGUUCAGAAAAAGCAUUUUUCCAGCCUUACGCAGAUAAAUAUGGUUUUGCUGUUGUAUUCCCUGACACAUCCCCCAGAGGUGUUAAAAUUGAAGGGGACGAUGAAACUUGGUCGUUUGGUACUGGUGCAGGAUUUUACGUCGAUGCAGUUCAAGAAAAAUGGAAAAAAAACUACAACAUGUAUUCCUACAUCCUCAAGGAAUUGCCAACAUUACUAAAAACUAAAUAUACUCAGUUGGAUUUUGACAAUAAGUCCAUCACUGGGCACUCAAUGGGUGGAUAUGGUGCUAUAAUGUUCUUUUUGAGGAAUCCAAAUGAAUUCAAAAGUUGUUCAGCUUUUGCACCAAUUUUAAAUCCCUCAAAGACCAAUUGGGGUAUCAAGUGCUUUGGAGGCUACUUGGGUGAGUCUGAAAGUGAUAAAAAACUAUGGGAAAAAUACGAUCCAGCAGAAAUCAUUUCUUCAAACUCCUACAAGGGCCCAGUAGUCCCUAUUUUGAUCCACCAGGGUGUGAACGAUCCAUUUUACAAAGUCAAGGGCGACUAUGACUACUUGACUCCCAACGAGUUCCUCGAGAAAAUCAAAGGCUCCAACUACGAAAAGGAUGUUACCUUGAAGUUUGUCGACGGUUUCGACCACUCCUACUUCUUCAUCUCCAGUUUCUCUGGUGAACAUGCUGCCCACCACGCCAAAUAUCUCGGUUUGCUCGAUUAACUAGCUAGCCAGCAGAGCACCCCCAAAUUGUAGUCCAUAGUAGUCCAGCAUCAGCUCAACCUCAGCUCUGCGCCGGUUUUAAAGUAGCGUAAUUCCAACACUCCCA